AUGGUCCAAGUUGCUGUGGUGGCAAAUCUUGAUUCGAGAAGGCCUAUGCCAAAAAGGAAACCAAAAACGAGUUAUUAUGUUAUAAAUCUUUCUAUUAUGGCUGUCAUAGGUGGCUUUCUUUUCGGCUUUGAUACUGGUAUAGUGUCUGGUACAAUGUUAUAUGUGCCGCAGAAUGACGGUAUGAAGCCGAUGUCUUCACUGUGGAAGGAGCUCAUUGUUAGUAUUACGCCAGGUUUUGCAUCGAUUGGUGCCUUAUUUGCUGGACAAGUUUCGGAUCGAUAUGGAAGAAAAAAAAUGAUCAUUUUAUCUAGCAUCGUAUUUGGAGUUGGAGCAAUAAUAUGUGGAAUGGCUCCCGAGAAAGUCUCAUUGCUGUUUGGACGGUUGUUACUUGGUAUUGCUAUAGGUGAAGAAAAGUUGAAAAUUUAUGCAAUUUUUCUUGCUCAUGAACAAAUGAACGAAAACAUUUGA